GGGACCACUGCCUCUAAAAUGAGUCUCUCUGGGGAGAGAGAGGAGGGGACCACUGCCUCUAAAAUGACUCAAGACACCAGUUCUAAGAGUGUCCAGAAGCCCAGAGCAGAGUCACCUGCCACCAGCCUGCUAUCAAUGAAGAGUGAUCAGCCACCUGCUUUCAGCCAGGAACCAUUACCAGAUGACAAUAAGGAAGUGGAGAGUUUGGACAGUGAGGAUGCAUUAAAGAUCACACACAACCUUCUGGACAGAAUAAGUCAAACUCUUCUGACAGUCCAACAAGACAUUAAGGCUAAACUGAAACACAAGUAUCAACACAUAUCUGAAGGAAUUGGACACCAUGAAAACCAAAGUCUGUUAAAGGACAUCUACACAGAGCUCUACAUCACAGAGGGUGGAAGUGGAGGGGUCAAUAAUGAACAUGAGGUGAGACAGAUAGAGAUGGCAUCCAAGAAACAAACCACACAAGAGACACCAAUCAAAUGCAACGACAUCUUCAAGCCUUUAGCUGUACAAGACAAACCUAUCAGAACUGUGCUGACAAAAGGAAUCGCUGGCAUUGGAAAAACAGUCUCUGUGCAGAAGGUCAUCCUUGACUGGGCAGAGGGAAAAGCAAAUCAGGAUGUUCAUUUCAUGUUUCCCCUUCCUUUCCGUGAUCUGAACCUGAAAAAGGACCAAUACAGUCUGAUGCAACUUCUUUCCCACUACUUCUCAGAGCUGAAAGAGAUUGACAACAUUGAAGAUGGUGAAACCAAAACUGUUUUCAUUUUUGAUGGUCUGGAUGAGUGUCGACUUCCUCUAGACUUCAAAAACAAUGAGAGGUGCUGUGAUGUCACGAAGCCAACCUCAGUGGACGUGCUGCUGACAAACCUCAUCAAGAGGAAUCUGCUUCCCUCUGCUCUCCUCUGGAUAACCUCACGGCCUGCAGCAGCCAAUCAGAUCCCACCUGAGUGUGUUGACCAGGUGACAGAGGUACGAGGGUUCAAUGAUCCACAGAAGGAGGAGUACUUCAGGAAGAAAAUCACAGAUCAGAAUCUGGCCAAUGAAAUCAUCAAACACAUAAAAACAUCAAGGAGCUUCCACAUCAUGUGCCACAUGCCAGUCUUCUGUUGGAUAUCAGCCACUGUCCUUGAGAUGAUGCUGAAAGAGGCAGAGAAGGAUGAAGUCCCCAAAACUCUGACCCAGAUGUUCACACACUUCACGCUCAUCCAAAUCAUUGUGAAGAACAAGAAGUACAACAAAGCCACAGAGACAAACCCAAAGGAACUGUCUCAGUCAGACAAAGAGAUGAUCCUGAAACUGGCAAAGCUGGCUUUCCAACAGCUGCAGAAGGGCAACCUGAUCUUCUAUGAGGAGGACCUGAGAGAGUGUGGCCUUGAUGUCACAGAGGCAUCAGAGUACUCAGCAUUGUGUACAGAGAUCUUUAAAGAAGAAUCGGGGCUGUACCAAGACAAGGUCUACAGCUUUGUGCAUCUGAGCAUUCAGGAGUUUCUAGCAGCAGUGCAUGCUUUAGAAUCAUGUCUGGACAAGAAGGAAAAUGUUUCCCCCCACAAAGCAGUCGCAGCCACUCCAUACCUACUCCAAAAUGUCAUCACACAACAGUACAGAGACAUGAAGUCAGACCCGUUGUAUGACUUAAACAGGAGAGCAGUGGACCAGGCCUUGAAGAGUGAGAAUGGACACCUGGACCUGUUCCUCCGCUUCCUUCUGGGUCUCUCACUGGAGUCCAAUCAGAAUCUGUUACGAGGCCUUCUGACACAGACAGGAAGUACAACACAGAGCAAUGAGGAAACAGUUGCGAGAACAGUCUGGUACCUUUCAGACACGAUCGAAAGGGAAUCCUCACCAGAAAGGAUCAUCAACUUGUUCCACUGUCUGAAUGAACUUGGUGCCAACUCUCUAGUUGAAGAAAUGCAAACCUCCCUGCGAUCAGGAACUCUUUCAGAAACAAGACUAAAACCUGACCAAUGUUCAGCCCUGGCCUACCUGUUACUGAUGUCAGAGGAGGUGCUGGAGGAGUUUGACCUGAAGACAUACACCACAUCAGUGGAAGGUUAUCAGAGGUUGCUGCCAGUAGUGAAAACCUGCAAGAGACCACUACUGUCUGGCUGUAAACUCACAUAUGAAUCCUGUGAGACUCUGGCUUCAGCUCUGCAGACACCAAACUCCCCCCUGAGAGAACUGGACCUCAGCUACAAUGACCUGGGAGACAGAGGAGUGAAGCUGCUCUGUGUUGGACUAACCAGUCCACUCUGCAACAUACAGACACUAGUGCUGUCUAGCUGUCUGGUCACAGAGGAGGGCUGUGCUGCUCUGUCUUCAGCUCUGAGGUCAAACCCCUCCCACCUGAAAGAGCUGGACCUGAGCUACAAUUACCCAGGAGACUCUGCAGGGGGACUGCUUUCAGCUGCUCUGGUGGAUCCCACAGAUAAACUGAUGAAGCUGAAUGUGGAUCAUGGUGGAGAGUUCAGGCUGAAAUCAGGGCUGAGGAAAUAUGCCUGUCAUCUCACCCUGGACCCAAAUACAGCAAACCCAGACCUGAUACUGUCUGAGGGGAACAGGAAGGUGACACGGGUGGAGGAGAAGCAGCAUUAUGAAGACCAUCCAGACAGAUUUGACCGUCAUCCCCAAGUUCUCUGCAGAGAAGGCUUAUCUGGAUCUCGUUAUUACUGGGAGGUGGAGAAGGAUGGGGGCUGGGCUGACAUUGGUGUGGCGUACAAAGGAAUGAAGAGGAAGGGAGAGAAGGAGGACAGUUGGAUUGGACUCAAUAGGAAGUCCUGGUGUUUAGUCUGCUCUGACAGAGGUUAUGACUUUUACCAUGCUGGAGUCAGCAGAUCCAUCCCUGGUCCUGUUUCUAACAGAGUUGGAGUGUAUCUGGACUGGCCAGCUGGUACUUUGUCCUUCUAUAGUGUGUCCUCCUCUGGUACACUGACACACCUUUACACAGAACACACCACAUUCACUGAACCCCUCUAUCCUGGGUUUGGGGUUUAUUCCUCCUCCUCAGUGACCCUGUGUCAGAUAGAUGACCAACACAUUCAAAGCAGAGACCAUGGUGGAGAGUGUUGUAUCAAGCCUGGACCUGAGAACACCAGAGACCAGAUAUGGAUUCCUCAGAGCUGUAAGACUUGUGACCAUGUUGAGGACUCCACACACUGGCUUCAGAUUGAACCGUUGACUUCCACUGUCCAGGAAGUGACAAUGUUCAGGCACAGGACACCCAAAGGGCGUUAUGAGUGCACAGUGUCUGGGCUCCGCUGGGUGUGUGAGAGAGAUGUCAUUCUGAAGUAUCACUUCAGGAACUGGGAACCCUACAGUCAACUUCUGAAAGACAUGCAGUACGGACAAGGUGGUCCAUUGCUGGACAUCACUAUGGAGUUAGGUGAACUGGAGGAAGUUCAUCUGCCACACUUUGUCUGUUUAGGGACCAACCAUUCCCUGAGGAAUGAGAUGAAGAUUCUUCAUGUAGAGGAACAUGGAGUGUCUGUUGAGGAAGUGCAUGAGGUCACCAGAUUCCAUGCUAAGAUUCUCCAUCCCAAGUUCUCAGCUAUCGCUGUUAUACUGAGCUAUAUAAUUUUUUGGAACGUAGCUGUCCACUGUGACGUGGUCCUCUAUAUGGCAGUAAAAAGGCAACAGUAAUUUCACGGCUGUACAUGCUCCUCAGAAACUCCAGUCAGAAAGAGGCUGUUCGGGACCGGGAGAAACAUCAGGUGUCCCAAGGAUAUUCAGAAUUGGUCCUGUCAAGUCCAAACGGGUCCUUAAAGCUGAACAGUUGGUUUGCAGUCAAGAAUCCCCAUUCCUCCUCCAUCAAUCCAGAGAAGAUUCAGCUGUUACCUGCAGACACCACACCAAGCUGUUGUAAGAUGGUUAUGAGAAACACAGGGGUUGACAUUGAGAUGGAGUUAAUCGGGGAUGAUGAGAGGACAGUAUGGAGAGAUAUGGUACCAACAGAUGAAUACAUCCCUGAAACCCAUUCAACUAGUGCUGUGUUAGGGGCAGGGCGUCCGGCUGAGAGCAGUCUGACUGGUUCUACAGCGCAGCAGCUGCGUUCUGUACGGACAGAGUUUGUGAGACGAGUGUCAGGACCUGUCCUGGAAGGUCUGCUGGACGGACUCCUGCAACACACAGUCAUCAACCAGGAGGAAAUGGAGUCAGUAAAGGUGAUAGCUGAGAGGGCAGAGAAGGCACGUGACAUCAUCGACAUGGUGUUGAGAAAAGGAACUAAGUCAUGUUCCAGGAUGAUAAACCUUCUUGGGGAGCUGGACCCCUAUCUUUGGACACAGCUUCAGAUCUAAAAUUGUAGCCAACCCCUGGGUGUGGGGAGACCAGGCAGAAUAGACAGGCAGGGUGGUUCAACAUGGUCUUGUUGUCUGUUGCUUUAAUUCAGGCUCCUAAAAAUGUACAGAAAAUGUCAAUCAAACAUGACCACUAUAAUAGCAAUAAACUAACCAAAGGUCCAGCCACACAGCCUCUCUCCUUCUGCAGCCUCCUGGAGGUGUGGAUCUUCUAGCAGGAGGGUCAGUUAGUCCUCCACUAGGUAC